AUGCCUGGUUCAGAAGCUGCAGCUAGUACACGUUAUACCUGUCUUAAAAGAAGCACACUGAUUGCUUGUCAGAGACCACACUCUUCACUUCCUUCAAUAAAACAAAACUGGGAAGAAUAUCGGCUUCAGUGUUUGAAAUACCUCCAUGAAACACCCCCUCUUCUGGCAGAAGGCAAAUUCUGCAACAGGACAUUUGAUGGAUCCGUAUGUUGGCCUGAUGGUAUGCCUGGCACCUAUGUGAAUAUGAGCUGUCCUUGGUAUUUCCCAUCAGCUCACUCAGGGCAAGUUUACCGCUUCUGCACACUUGAAGGAACAUGGCUGCUAGAGGAGAAUUCCACCAAUUCCUGGAAGAACCUUUCUGAAUGUAUGGCUACUGAUGAAGACUCAUCAGGAGGACAGAUACUAUUCCUGUCCGUCAUCUACACCACUGGAUAUGCUUUUUCCUUCUCCGCCCUUGUCAUAGCAACUGGUAUCCUCCUUGGGUUCAGGCAUCUGCACUGCACCAGGAACUACAUUCAUGUGAACCUUUUCACCUCCUUUAUUCUACGUGCUAUAUCCAUUUUCGUUAAGGACUCUGUGCUAACAUGGAUGUACAAGACAGCCCCUCGUGAAGAGCAGUGGGAGAGUAUAAUUUCCUAUCAGGAGUCAUUUAGCUGCCGCUUGAUUUUUGUGAUGAUGCAGUAUUGUGUGACUGCAAACUACUAUUGGCUGUUGGUGGAAGGAAUGUACCUAUACACACUGCUAGCAUUAUCAGUAUUUUCCGAGCAGAGAAUCUUUCGGCUUUACCUUUGCAUUGGCUGGGGUGUGCCAAUGCUGUUUGUUAUCCUCUGGGGAAUUGUCAAGUACCUUUAUGAAGAUGAGGGCUGCUGGAACAAGAACUUUAACAUGAACUACUGGCUGAUCAUCAGGCUGCCCAUUCUUGUUGCCAUUGUGGUAAAUUUCCUGAUCUUUAUCAGAGUUAUAUGUAUUAUCAUUGCUAAGCUGCAGGCCAAUCUGUUGCGCAAAACUGACAUAAAAUGCAGAUUGGCCAAAUCUACACUGACUUUGAUCCCACUGCUCGGAACACACGAGAUCAUCUUUGCUUUUGUUACUGAUGAGCAUGCCAAAGGAAUGCUACGCUUUGUGAAGCUCUUCUUUGAACUCUCCUCCUCUUCUGUGCAGGGCCUUCUGGUUGCAAUUCUCUACUGUUUUAACAAUAAUGAGGUUCGGCUGGAAUUUCAGAAAAGCUGGGAGCGUUGGAGACUGGAACACUUUUAUGUCCAGAGAGACAGCAGUAUGAAGCCACUCAAGUAUCCCACCAACAGCUUAAGCAGUGGAGGUACAGUUGGGAGCACAAUCUAUGCUGCCACUUGUCAGGCUACAUUCAGCUAA